CGGAGUUAAAAGUGGGGAUUGCUUGUGUUAAGUAAGAGGUUACGGCAUAGCAGCAUUCGCCAACAAGUCGCUGCCUUAAACGCUUCACUGCUCCAGCCGUGAAAUAUUUUAGAAAACAUAAUUCCGAGAUCCGGGUCAAUCGUUAGGAACACUUGGUGCAAAGAAAGUAAAAGUCGAGAGAAGAGAGCGGGUUUUAACGGAAAAAUGCAGAUAAGCCAUAUAUUAGUUCUGUGUGGAUGUGUGUGGGCGUGCGUUGCGCAAGCGCAAACACAACGCCCGCAAGUUUCGGACACCGCCCUCGAAGACGCACUGAAUGACAAGCGGUUUAUACAGAGACAACUCAAAUGUGCUUUAGGAGAAGCACCAUGUGACCCUAUUGGAAAAAGACUGAAGAGUAAGUAUCUUGUGCUAUUUCAUGACUUCAAGAGUUUUGUAAAGUAAUGAUAUAUUUCCAAGGGCAUUAGGGUUUAAGAAUUAUUUUGUUUGUGAACCGA